AUGUAUGUGGGCGGAUCAGGAGGAACGGGGAAAUCUCAUAUCAUCAAGGCAAUAGUCACUCUGUUCAAAGCUCUUGGGAGAUUUUCGGAGUUAUUGAUCGGUGCCCCAACCGGUAUCGCCGUGACCCUUAUAGGAGGGACAACCCUUCACUCGUUACUCAUGGUUGGAACAUCAUCGAAAGCUCAGAUUAAUCCCCGACUCUACGAAACUUGGCGUCCUGUCCAAUACUUGAUUGUGGAUGAAGUCUCAAUGCUGGGUGCUCAGUUCAUGGCCCUUUUAUCCACGCGGCUGAAAAUAGCCAAAGGUGAUGAUAUUCAAGCGGCAACUCGGAAUUUCGGAGGAAUCAAUAUUAUUUUUAUGGGUGACUUCUGCCAGCUCGCACCCCCUAAACAGAAAAGCCUCUACUCCUACCAGUUAGUAAGGGAACCGUCUUUCGCCGAGAGCAGGAACAUGCGUGGUUUUGAGAACGUUGCCGGAGCCUAUCUAUGGAGACAGGUAUCUGCCGUAGUCUUGCUGAAAAAGAACCAGCGUCAAUCGUCUGAUUCAACAUUUGCUACUAUUCUCAAUCACAUCUGUGAAGGAACUUGUCGCGAUGACAUUGGUAGAGAAGUGCGGAUCAACGGAAGGACAAUCCUUGCGUAUUUGCGAGAGAGAGAGAUCUCGCGUGUGGCAGUAUCCGAUCCGUUAUCAUUGAAGCUAUUUAGCAACGCGCCAGUCGUCGUUGGUAGCAAGACAUUGCGUGAUGUUCUCAAUGCGAAUCUCGUUCGGUACCAUGCAAGCAGGACCGGGAAGUCGGUUUUUCUGUAUCACUCCAUUGAUUCGACUCGUGCGGUGUCUCUCUCUCACCACGAUUACACUACCUUGUGGGAUCUACCGUCAAGGAAGACUCAAGAGUCUUUAGGCCGCUUACCCCUAUUCAUUGGCAUGAGAGUCAUGGUUACAGAGAAUGUAUCGAUUCCCUACAGAGUAGUAAACGGAGCAGAAGGCGAAGUGGUCGAUAUCGUAUACUCUUGGGAGUCUUUAGCUGGAGUCAAGAUACGCGUAGCUAAUGCCGUGUACGUGAAGAUAACAGGGAGUAAUCUCAAACUCCCCGGGUUCCAUCCUGAUGUCGUUCCACUCUGCCCGCGCCCCGUCAGUGUCCAGCUCCCGCUCGUUUUAGAAGGAGGGGCGAUCAAAGGUUUUCGACGCCGGCAAGUUCCAAUCGUACCCGCGUAUUCGUAUACCGACUACAAAAGUCAAGGAAGGUCGUUGGAUCGUGUCAUUGUUGACCUGGAGACUGCCAGAGGGCAGGGACUCUACGUGAUGCUUUCCCGGGUUCGCACCCUGGAAGGCCUGUUGAUUUUGACUUGGACUCCUUCAGUAAGAAUCCUUCAACGAAUGUCAGGAGAGCUACGGACGGAAUUGGACAGGUUGAAAGAGUUAGACCGAUUGACACUUCAAGAAAGCUUGGCGUUGGUCUAG